UAUUUUUUCCCCGCUGUCUGAAGAAGAGUGUAAAGAAAAUGCGAAGCUGAAAAGUGAAAAGUGAAGAAAACCCCUCUGAACUCUGAACUCUUUCACUCCCUGGCACCUGGCACCCAUGUUGAUGUUGUCAUCCCCGCUACUAGUCUCUCUCACUCUCUUGCUCUCCCUCCCACUCCUCUUCCUCCUCUCCCAGCACCUACACCUCCUGACGCCGCCAGACGCCGACGACCUGGCCCUCUUCCGGCGCGCAGGCUGGGCCCCCCACACGACCUCCCACCUCUCGGCCACCCCCAAAAUCGCCUUUCUUUUCCUGACGAACUCCAACCUCUCCUUCUCCCCUCUCUGGCACAAGUUCUUGGAGGGCCAAACGCACCUCUUCAACAUCUACAUCCACGCAGACCCCACGCAGCCCAUCACCCCCCCAGACCCCCCCCUCCCCCGCUCCAUCUUCAUCCCCUCCAAGCCCACCGCCCGCGCCCACCCCUCCCUCAUCUCCGCCGCCCGCCGCCUCCUCGCCAAAGCCCUCCUCCACGACCCUCGCAACCACUACUCCCCCCUCCUCUCCCAGCACUGCAUCCCCCUCUUCUCCCUCCCCUUCACCCACUCCUUCCUCCUCUCCCACCCCCACCACAGCUUCAUCGAAAUCCUCUCCCACGACCCCAACCUCCACGCCCGCUACCUCGCGCGUGGCGGCCCACGCGCCAUGCUCCCUCAGCUCCCCUUCUCCUCCUUCCGCGUCGGCUCCCAGUUCUUCGUCCUCACCCGCCGCCACGCCCGCCUCGUCCUCCGCGACGUCUCUCUCUGGGACAAGUUCCGCCGCCCCUGCCCCUCCGACGACCCCUGCUACCCCGAGGAGCACUACUUCCCCACGCUCCUCUCCAUGCUCGACCCCCACGCCUGCACCGGCUUCACCCUCACGCGUGUCAACUGGACCGGCUCCUGGGACGGCCCCCCCCAUCUCUACACCGCCCCGGAGAUCUCGCCGGAGCUCCUCCACCGCCUCCGCCACUCCAACUCCUCCCACGUCUACCUCUUCGCCAGGAAGUUCGCUCCCGAGUGCCUCCCGCCGCUCAUGGACAUCGCCGAUGACGUCAUUUUCCGCAAUUCAACUAUCGGGCAUCUUUGAUGAUGUUGGGAAGAGAAAGGUGUGUUGUUCAGUGCAAAUGUGUGUACAGGAAAUCUGAUUUCUUUAAUUGUAAAUUUCGGUUGAAAUCUUCUUGUAUGUGAACAAACUGGCUACGGGCUUGUUAUGGACUGCAAAAGGCUUGGGUGGUCUCCAAAGGAAGCCCCUUGGUCGAACCAAUGUUGAGAAUUGUAUUUUUAAAAAUUUCAUGCUAAAGUUCCACCAUAAAGGGUGUUCAAAGUUUGUAAGAUGGAUAUAUAAAUUAUCUAUUAUGUGCUAUACCAAAAUUUUGAGUGCAACACAGAAAAUAAGCAAUGGUUUUUUUUUGUUUUUA